AGGGAAUAGCAAUAUGUUUGAGAUUAGUGAUUAGUUAUUUAUAAAUGGUUAGAAGUAUAAUUUGUGAUUGAUUUUAGUUUGGUUUGGUUUGCUUGGAAUUUUUGGUUUGGUUAGGUAGUUGAUUUUUAGAUUGUUGUAAUUGGUUGUGGUUGGAGGGACCGCAGUAAAGAUAGAAAGAUAAAGGCACUCAACGGACGCUGCUGCCCGUCCGCCGGUUUUCCCUUAGUCGCCUUUUACGACACCCACGGGACGAGAUGGGGUGGUGCUAUUCUAACGCCGGCACCACACGGCGGGUUAGGUUAGGUUAGGUUAGGUUAGGUUAGGUUAGGUUAGGUUAGGUUAGGUUAGGUUAGGUUAGGUUAGGUUAGGUUCCACGGACCUGCUCGGGUGUCCGAGUGGGCGGGGAGGUGAACCCCGACGUGGCGCGUCCCCAGGUGGUGGAUAGGGGAAUGCCCCGUCUCGUCGUCGAGCCGGGGUAGGACGUAGUCCCGCGAACCAAACACCGGGGGGGAAUUGGGGGGCUUUCUGCCCGAGAACGGCUCUCCACGCGUCCUUCUGAACAAGCAGACGGCGCAGUGGAUGAGCAGUGAGGAGGAGACAUGGGAGCGAUGUGGGGUGUCAAUCGGGUCGCUGUUUUGCGCGCGAACUUCCGGGGACCCUCCUCCCGUAGGCGCUGGAGGGGGCUGGGGGGGCCUCUGACGCGGCAUGGAUGUGUGAGGUUGCCGGAUUGGGGAGCCUUCUGCUUGUCUGACAUUGCCUAGCUGUCUGGAAGGAUUGUGCAUUGGGCUUCUGUGAAACCCAAGAGCAGAUCCAUUUCUCCGGGCGGGUCGGUGGUGUUAGCGAAUCGGGAGGCUCGCGCAUCGGAUGCCGCGCGUAUUGGUGGCGCGUCUGGGGGACCUUCGGCCUCCAAUGGCGGCUGCGGGGGGACAUAUCCCGGAUCUUCGCCCGUAGAGCGGCUCCUCGAUUGAUACCUUGAGAAAUGUCUGCGUAGCUGUGCUAGUGUUCCCCGGGGCUAUGCUGAAUAAUGCUCCUCACAUCGCACAGGCCUGGAAUGAAGGGCCAGAUGCGGGCGGCUCCGCGUGUCCCUCUGAGUAGCAGAGGGCACAGUGCGAGACGCAAGGUCCCUGUCGGGACGCCGAUGGAACCCGCUAGUAAUUUCCUCUGGCGGGGGGAGGAGCACGUGGAAGAAAACCACUAUAAAAAUCACCCCAAUCCCAAGGUGUGUCUGACGUGCCGACGGGAUGCGUGGCUGGGGGGAGCCCAGUCACAAGCGUCAGGGAGGGGCAUACCUCCUUAAAAAUAGCAAACAAAAUGAGUGGAAACGAAAAUGGAGAACUACCCCAGGAGGUUCCAAUCCUCCAUGUCGCCACAGGACGGGUAAGCGCCCGUGCUGUGGCGACAUGCCGCCUUCCGUAUUCUGGGGGGGCAAACCACUCGAGACUCCGAAACGACGACACUGGCAAAGACUUCAUGGACACCGAUUUGCAGAGUGAUUUGGUUUUGAGGCUGCAGGGAGGAGGUGAUGGGGAGCACAGUGGUCCGGCAGAGGCAGAAGCCUCCACGAGGCCCCCUAAAGAUGGACUUAAGUCUCAAAGAGAUGCCCAGGGGCGCUUUGUGCGCCAUGUUGAAGACGUGCCUCCAGAGCUGGCGGUGGAUUCUGUACGCUCCCCACCCGGACCAGCAAGGGUGCUCGGUGAGAGACGUAAAGCCGUAGUGCGAAUAGAACGCCUCGCAGAAAGGGUCUCCUCUCUUGGCAGGGAGGAGUUCUUCUCCCCCAGGAGAAUAGACGCGGGUGGCCUCCCUGGGCCCGAAGUAUUCUUCUCUCCGGUGCAAACCGAUGGGGAAACCGCCGAAUCCGACGCUUCGCUAACUGCCGAAGGACGGAAGAGGCAGCGAAGUAGCGGUAGCGACACGGGAGCAUCGCAGAGCGGCGAGGCUUCUGAUCUUGCGGAGCGAAGAAAGUCCGCCUCUGGACCUUCCAAGCGAGGAAGAGGCCGCCUACCAACCACAACACGCCACGCAGGGCUGGCCAAGGAGAAGGCUGAGCUCCUGGAGCUGGAGCAACAGGAGCGCGAGCUGCAGGCCGAAGAGGACCUUAGGGCCGCGUCCAAAAAAGUGACGCUAAGACGGCUUGCCCGCCGUCCGGAAUCGUUUGGGACUACAAGCGGGUCAGACGACGAGGAAAACCGCACAGCCCUGGCCCUGAACCAGCAGGUGCGUGACAGUCUGGGGCUUAUCAAGGAAGUGGCCUCCAAGUCCAAAAACCUAAAGGGCACGUACCAACGUGUCCUGAAGGAGGCGGUGGUCGCGAUCCGGGAAGCAGUCGGCGAGUUGAGGGGCCGGACUGUCUCCGAUGAGACGAGGAGGCUUGCCGCCGAAAACGCUCGACUUAAGGCGGAAAUGGCCGAGCUCCGUAAGGAAAUGGGCGACCUGCGUGCUAGCCUUGGGCAGCGCCGCGAAGGGACGCGCCAAGAGACGGCAACAUCACCUGCUCGGGAGCAAGGCGACUUAGAGCGCAACAUUGUGGCCAAGGUGAGUGCCAUGAUGGGUGCAAGGUUGAGCGCCUUGGAGGAGAGACUGCUUCCACAGCAACCUACCCAGGCGUCGACUGGUCCCACGCCUUCCAAAGCAGGAAGCUCCCCCCGCGGUCGCACCCCAGCUCCUACCAACCCACCGGGUGCGAAGCGGACCGCGAAGAAGAAGAAAAAGAAGGAGGGGCUCAAAAAGCCUCCUACAAGUGAUCCUGGCCCCGCUUCCCAAGUCCAGCAGCCUCGGUCUGCCUCUGAAGAGGGUUGGACGACUGUGGUCAAGCGGGGUAAGAAGAACAAAAAGAAGACUGCCGCUGGAGCAGCGACGACUGCGACGGCGCAAAAGCCGGCGGCACCGCGGAAAGCACAAGGAGGGAAGGAUCGCAAUAAGGACAAGGCGAAAUUGCGCGUCCCGCGGUCAGCAGCCGUAGUCCUCACCCUUCAGAUGGGAGCAGAAGAGAGGGGCGUCACCUAUAAAACGGUGAUUAGGGAGGCCAAGUCCAAAAUCUCCCUGGACGGGCUCGGGAUCAACGGUCUGAGGUUCCGUAGGGCAGUGACAGGGGCAGCAAUCCUGGAGAUCCCAGGCCCAGCCACCACCAGCGGCGACAAAGCAGACUCCCUUGCUGCCAAGCUGAGGGAGACGCUGAAUGAGGCCGACGUCCGGAUAGCUAGGCCAGUAAAAUGCGCGGAGAUGCGCAUUUCCGGCCUGGAUGACUCGGUCUCAGAGGACGAGCUCGCCGCUGCCGUUGCGAAAGGUGGAGGGUGUGCCCUAGAGGCAGUGAGUGUUGGCCGGAUCUCCCGCACGCCAACAGGCCUGGGUACAGCGUGGGUUCGCUGCCCCGUAGCAGUAGCCAAGAAAGUCGCGGAGGGGCGACUUCUGGUCGGCUGGGCUUCGGCUAACGUGAAGCUACUGGAGUCUCGUCCCCUGAGGUGCUACCGCUGCCUGCUGCCUGGCCAUGUUAGGAAGGGGUGCACCUCAGAAAUCGACCGCAGCGACCAAUGCUACCGCUGCGGUAAAUCCGGCCACCUGGCCAGGGACUGCACCGCUGCACCUCGCUGCACUCUGUGCGCUGCAGCGAGUAAACCUGCCGACCACAGUGCCGGCAGCAGUACCUGCACGACGGGGGCCAAAGCCCCGAAACGCGUGUUCCGGAAGGAGUCCGGCAAACCAGACACCCCUGGAGCGUCAAAGCCUCCGGCUGUAGAAGAGGGCCCGAUUAACAACACUCCAAAAUGA